AUUUAAUGCUUAAGGUGAUUGGCUUUAUAUUAUUAAUUCAUUCAGCUAUUUCUUUGAUUAGAUAUAGAAAACAUUUAAUCUAUAAGGAUAUGGCUGAUUAAUACCAUAUACCUCUAGAUGUAUCAAUAUUUUCUUAAUUUUAUAGAUCUUAUUGGAGAUUAUUGUUGGAUUUGCAUUAAACAUGUUUUUUGGAGUUAUUUUAGAUAAAAAAUUUGUUAACAUUCAUUAAUUUCCUCAUAAGAAAACGUAUAAUAUAUAUUUUCUACCAUAGUUAUGAUUAAGCAUUAUAAAGACCUAAUUUUAAAUAACCUGGUGGCAGANUAAUAUUUUUAAGUCUUUAGGAAUGCGUUAGAGAAGAUUAUCAUAAAGCCAGUAUAAUAGUAACUAAUAACCUUGAUUUUAUUUUAUUAACAAUUAGUUUUGCUUUUAUCUUGGGAACUAUUACAUUAUUUACUCUUUAAAUGAAAUAUUUUAUAUCACCAUUUAAUUAUACACUUAAAGAUUAAAGCAAUUUAGUUUUGGUAGGUGUUAUAGCUGGUUUGAUUGGAGAUGUUUGUGUAGGAACUGCAAUAAAGAAGACUUAAUCCUAUAAAAAAGUCUUAAGAAUUUGUAAUAUUUAGUUACGGUUUUAUUUGGAUUCUCAUACUAGCACUUCAUUUAAACAAAGUUUUUUUCUUUAUUGUUUAUUUUUUAAUGUGUGGAAGUUCUGCUAUUAUGGCUUUGACUUUUGA